UUGGGCCCCAAAUUACGAGUCCAGGUUCUAAAGACCGUCCCAAACGGUUUUGCUCCAGCCUAAUUCACUUUAGCCGGUGAAGGGAACCGAGCACCAUGACGUUUGGGAAUUUCUAAGCUUUACUGGCUGUGUGAAUGCGUCGAGGUGCUGAUGGUCAAGAUUAGGGCACGGCUAACUGAACUGUGAGAUGAAGCGAAGCAGAGAAUUGGUGCAUAAGAUGGAAUGCUCAAGUGUUUUUUCAGGGGAGGAGAAUUUGUUCGCGGUUGUUUGUGGGUUUGGUAUUUGGUAAUGGCUGCGAUUCUAGAGGAUUUUGGGUUAUAAGAUAGAGUGUACUGUUUGCGGCCAUUCUUUUCGAAUUGAUUUUCUGGAAAGCAGGAGAUUGGAAAUUGGGGCAGAAAGGGAGCGGUCUGGAGAGAAAGAGAGAGAGAGAGAGAGAGGAAAAGGAGAGGAACCAAGAGCAGAGGGAGAAGCACAAAUGGAGUCGAAAGGGGUAUUUUUCUUCUCUGAUUUUGAAGACACAGAUGAAUGGUAGAGAGCCGGAAACGUAGAAGCAGAAAAGGGCUUCCAGUGUACCUGCUACUUUUUAAUGUAAGUGCACGAACAGGCAACAGAACACACACACAGAGAGACAGAGAGAGAGAGAGAGAGAGAGAGAGAGAGAUGAAGCAAAUGAUGGCAGGGAGGGUUUGGCGUAGAGCUUCAGUGGCCCUUUAUAAGUCUCAUCAGCUCAAAUGUCUCUCUAAUUCAACUCCCUUCUCUUAUUACAGAAACCUUCUUCACACGCGCAGUAGCUUUGGUGAUUUUAUGUGCAAGGUUUUGUAUCAAGAGCCUGCUCUUCGACGAGUUUAUAACAUAGCAAGGUUUCCAUUGUUGGGGCACCUUUAUAUUCAUUCAGCUUCAUUUGUGGAUACUGCUGAGAAAGUUGUGGAGCCUGUAACUUAUUCUGGGAAGAGUGCAACACUGGAUAGUGAUGGUGCUACUAAAGUGAAGAGGAAAAAGUUGAAGGGAAAACGAGCAGUUGUGAGGUGGCUUAAGUUCUUCAGGUGGAAGAAGAGGAAAGAGUAUGAGAGAAUGACUGUAGAAGAAACAAUUCUGUUUAAGUUGAGAAAGGCUAGGAAGAAAGAGGAAAGACUUGUUGAAUCUUUGAAGAAGCUUGAACCUGCAGAAUCAUCCGAAACAACCCAUGAUCCAGAGAUAUUGACCCCGGAAGAGCACUUCUUCUUUUUGAAGAUGGGCCUCAAGUGCAAGAACUACGUACCAGUUGGCCGACGUGGAAUAUACCAGGGUGUAAUUCUGAACAUGCACCUGCACUGGAAGAAACAUCAGACUCUGAAGGUUGUGGUUAAAACAUUCUCACCGGAUGAGGUGAAAGAGAUUGCUGCAGAGCUGGCAAGACUGAGCGGUGGGAUUGUCCUUGACAUUCAUGAGGAGAACACAAUAAUUAUGUACAGAGGGAAAAAUUAUUCACAACCGCCAACAGAGAUAAUGUCACCUAGAGUUACCCUCUCAAGAAAGAAGGCUCUGGAUAAAUCCAAAUACAGGGAUGCUCUCCGAGCUGUCAAGAAAUAUAUUCCAAGCCUUGAACAAGAACUUGAGUUGCUUCGGGCACAGGCUGAAAGCAAAGCUGAGACCAGGAGUAAUGGCAUAGAAGAUGUCCAAAACUCUCAAAUUGACAAUAUGGACUCCGGGGACAUUUCAAGCAUUCAAGCGGGGUGUUCAGAUAGGCUGAAAGAGAUUAUAAAUGAAAACAAAGAAUAUUCUGAUGGUGAUUCUUUAACAGAUUUGGAUAUGGAAACAGAUUCAGAAAAUUUAUCGGAUAUUUUUGAGACAGAUUCUGGAACAGAGAUUGAAGAGAAGGUGGAACGGCCUCUUUAUAUUGAGCAGUUUGAAAAAUUUCCAGUUGAAAAUGAUAAAAAGACAGAAGAUUUUGAUGAUCACCUGCGUCAAAUAUCUGCCAACUCGAGAAGAACCAAAUUAUCAGGGGAGGAUAUGGAUUCCUCUCCAAACUUUGAUGAGGUUGAUAGGAUGUUCUUGCGUGCUGCUUCACUUUUAAGGAAAAAGAGGAGAUAAGACUUCUUUUUUUCUUUUUCGUUGUUUAGGCUAUUAGUGGGGUUUUUUUUUUUUUUUUUUCCUUAAAGGUGAUUUUGACAUUUGUACUGGUACAAUAACGACAUGGUUGAUCUUGUAUGGAAAACAUGAUAUAUAUGACUGCUA